AUGGCAGACGACGUUCCACGAGGUGGGACUCCCCUGGAGAUGGACGUGAACCCCGAGGUUGAGCUUCUACCUCUUCGCGUCCGACCAUUCGACCCGGCGACCUACAGGCCGGCAAUACACGUGCUUCCUCCUGAUAGCAUCCGCCACUUCAGGAGUUAUGUGCGAUGCGCGCCACUGGAGCUUCUGCUGCGCGAGCCUGAGUCACACCUCUCAUUUGGCGCCUCUGAGGGAGAUUCCUAUGCCUUCAGGGGGUAUGGGAACAUCGUCGCCCGAGGAUGGUAUAUGGAGCUGCCCGAUGCAGUCCGCCAGAUUGUCGACCAGGUCGGCUUCCGCACCUUCUGCAUGGGACUCUCGCACCUCACUGUUUUUAAUAGUAUUGGAUGGUAUCUGCACCAAUCAUGUCUAGAUCAUGUUAGCACUCCCUUCGCUGUUGUCGCGAAUGCAAGCAGAGUCAUCCUCACUACGCGCGACUCUAAGCUUGCAUCUGAGGUUGACCCGUGGGGUCACCCAUUGAAACUCAUGAGCUUAUUUGAUGAGGAGAGUUGGGAAUUGUUCUUGAAGGUGGUAAAUGGGGCAAAUCAUGAUAAUUUGAACAAUUUCAAGGUAGGAAUUGUGAGAAUAUGUUGCGGUUUGCCUCCAGCAAUUGUCAUGCUUGGAGGAUUGUUUUCGAGCAUACAACCGAAUGAUGAGUGGUCCGGUGUAAUUGAUCAUCUUUCACAGUACUUGGGGGAUGAUGAUCAAUCAGUUGAUCUCUUGACUAUCGUAGCUUUAAGCUAUCAUGAGCUACUGUAUGUGUUAAAGCCAUGUUUCCUUUAUUUGACCCUCUUCCCUAAAGCGUAUGAGAUUCCUACGCAGAGGUUGUUGCAAUUGUGGAUUGCCGAGGGAUUUAUUCAAAUAUCAACUACUACUGCGACUAGUGUCCUUGAACUUAAAGUUCUGGCCAAGGCAUAUUUGGAAGAACUAGUAUCGAGAAACAUGAUUGAAAUAGCCACAUGGAAAGAAGACGGAAGCCCCAAAACAUGUCAAAUGUCGAGCUUUCUUUACAAUGUCUUCUUGCCAAAAGCCGACGAUAUAGGAUUUCUUCAAAUCCACCAUUGUAAUUCACAUGUACAUGAGUCUAAUCAAAUUAUUCGGAGGCUUGCAGAUCAUUAUGUUGGGGUCAAGUCUACUUUGGAGUCUCAUACUCAACAUCUAUGCUCUUAUGUUUCAUUCGAAGCCCAAAAACAAGCAGAGAAAACAGCCAAGUGCAUAUCAGGACUUGACAAACUCCAAACCUUAAGAUUGAGAUCAAAAGAUCGAUUCGGUCAACCUUUAGACCUCAAGUUGAGUCCUUUGAAGGACCAUCAAUCUCUUUCAAACUUAUAUUUGUUUGGAGUGAUAAAGGAUGGGAUUAAAUACCUUCCCCUGAAUCUCAAAGUCCUAACAUUGUCAAUGUCAAAACUCAUAAAAGAUCCAAUGCCGGUGAUAGGGAAGCUGCUGCCUCAACUGAACGUCCUCAAGAUUCUUGCUUUCUCUUAUCUAGGGUCGGAAAUGAGAUGUGUUUCAGGGAACUUCCCUAAACUCCGCGUCUUGAAAUUGUGGAUGCUAGAAAACCUAGUUCAGUGGACAUUGGAGGGAGGUGGCAUGCCCCAACUUGCGGAGUUAGAAAUUAGAGGUUGCAAAAAAUUGACGAAGUUGGAUGGAUUAGAGCACCUGCCUGCCCUGAAGGAAUUACCUUUAACAAACAUGUCGCCGAAUUUUGUUGCAGAUGUUAAAAAAAGGAUUAAUGCUCCUGGAUACUGGAGACUGGAAUAA